UCUUCUUCCAGCAACUUCCGGCGAAGAACGGUGUCGUUCAUGGAGGUCUGUGAUCUCUUGCCGCCGGAUUCCGAAGAGGUUCAUGUCUUGGCUGUCGAUGACAGCCUCGUCGAUCGGAAAGUCAUCGAGCGCUUGCUCAGGAUUUCAGCUUGUAAAGUCACUGCUGUCGACAGUGGAAUAAGAGCCCUGCAAUUCCUUGGACUUGACAACCAGAAAUCUCCUUCCGAAUCGGACGGCUUUGAUGUGAGGAAUCAAUUUUCAUUCCUUGAUUUUAUUUUAAUUUCCUCGAAAAGUUUAUUUUUCUUGAAACGGAAAACUAAUUCCAUGCUUGCUCAGGGUUUAAAGGUGGAUCUAAUCAUCACUGACUACUGCAUGCCUGGAAUGACCGGCUAUGAAUUACUCAAGAAAAUCAAGGAAUCUUCCACCUUCAAAGAAAUUCCAGUGGUGAUCAUGUCCUCUGAAAACGUUUUGCCCCGAAUAGACAGGUGUUUGGAAGAAGGGGCAGAGGAUUUCAUAGUGAAGCCGGUGAAGUUAUCAGACGUGAAGCGGUUAAGGGAUUACAUGACGACAAGAGAAGUUAAGGCGGGAAGUCAGGAGAGAGAGGGCGGCGUCAGGUUCACCAAAAGAAAGCUGACAGAACCCGCUGAUCUGGAUUCAUCGCCGCCGUCCGUAACCUCGUCAUCUGUACUGUCAUCGUCCCCGUCGUCACCGUUGGAUUCGGCUUCUCCGACGCCGUCGCCGUCGGUCUCCCCUCCCCCUUCACCUUCCCCGCUCGAUUCUCCAGUCACGCGGCUUAGAAUGACCACCACCACCAGCGCCGAUUGACUAUUAAUAAUAAUGAUGAUGAUAAUGAUAAUAUGGCUUAUGUUCUGUUUAUUAUGCUCCUUGUCUCCGGUGGGCAUUCCUGCAGUUUUUACAUUUCUAAUUUUCUUUUCUUUGUGUUUAUCGGCUGUAUUAUUGUUUAUCUGCGCACAGGAUUCAAACUUGAUGAAACUGCAAUUGCCCGUUGUUUGUAACGGUUUUUGUUGCAUCA